AUGGCACCAUCCAACCCUAAAAGGGCCGCCGCAAAAUUCUACCAGGAGGACAUCGUCCAACGGAAAGACGACCCCAAGACAUACGGGGUGGUUCUGAGAUGCUGGCAGGAUGCAGAAGAUAUUCACCCUCCCGCCGAUAACGCGGAUCCGCUCAUGAGGCCACUCGUCCAGGGAGAGGUCGGCGUGUCGUAUUUUCCGCAACCGUUACGGGAGAUCAUCACGGAAGACCAGCUCACGCUGGUAGACCGAAUGUACCAGCCUGGGGACCUGCUCAAGCGCAGCGUGGACGAUGUGCGUUCCGGUAUCGUGACCAGGACCAUCGUAAAGGGUCGCCUGGAUCAUGCCAUUAGCAGCGAACCUGUGCCAGACUGGAAAUGUCUCGGAGAUUUGCGCGCGGCGGUUGAGAUCGACAUGGGAGACUAUGUCAUCUAUAACGAUUGGGUCGGCCAGGUUGUUGAAAUGUUUGACGAAGCCUGCGUCGAAGUUUCCGGAGGAAGUCUUGUUCGUCUACCGGAACUGAGCGCUCGCCUCGCGGUCGGAGAGAGAGGACCCGACAUUCUUCCUCAGCCUAUGUCUACUGUACAAGGGCUGUUCGGAUUUCUUCUGGGUAGCACUCAACCGAGUGCUGCAGAUACCGUGGUUUCUGUCAAGCACACGGUCCUCGCUAUUGCAUGGCUAGCAAUCAACCAAACGCUCACUCCGGAGGCGGCUCAAGCCAAGCCACGUCCCCAACGCUAUUGGUACGGGCAAGACCUCGGGAAACUUCUUAUUGUCUCAAGUAGAGCGGAGGAGGAGAUGCGCGUUGGUGACCGCGUCCGACUAAAGAGCGGCCAACCCACGCCCACUACGAAACACGGCAGGACGGCAGACAAGGAUGGUAUCAUCGAGGUCGACACCCUUGUAGUGCAAGAGACCGAAACCACCAUCGAAAUCCUGUGGCAAGAUGGAACAAAGGAGACCCUGCCGGCAAAGGAAACCGUUCCGUAUCUGAACCCGGACGAGUACGAUUGCUGGCCUGGGGAUCAUGUUCUCUGGAAGACGGAAGACUCAAAGAGGCACGUCAUAGUACAGUCAGUAAAUGCCAAAGAACGAACUGCACAGGUCCGCGUCGUCGAAACAAGAGCAAUCGAACUCGCAUCCGUGCUGGAACUCGACCCGCAUGGCACGAACGACUGGUCGGCAAUCGCCCCCACCGACGGUCUUGGAAUCCGCCGCGGAGACCUCGUUUUCAUUCACGCUGAGAACUCAACAAAUGGUGCCACUACACCGAUGGUCCCGCGAAUCGGCGAGGUGGAAGAAUGGGUCCGCGAGACCCCCGUCGUCGGCUCGAAUGGCCAGCUUGGCGGCUGGCGACGAGCGAUGGCAGACAUCGGGACCCAGAUAGCGGAAGCGCGUGGCAGGGAGGGUGCCGUCGAGGAACCACCAAUUCUUCGUCUUCCAAGGGGUGACACCUCCAUUGACUGGUUUGGCGAAAUCUCUGACCUCCGGUUAGACGGCACGAUUGAGAUCAUGCUCCCUGGCGGUGUCCCCCGAGUGGUGCCGCUGGACAGGUUGACACGAUUGUAUGACAGUCUCGAACAGCUGGAAGACAUGUGGGAUGACAACGAGGGGACGAUCGACGACCAGGGCUCGGAUGUUGAGGUCUGGGAGAUGGACCAGGACGGUCAUUGGGUGGAGGGCCGCGCGUCGGACAACGAUGACUGGGAGUCCGCGGAAGAAGACGAGGACGAGGUGAUGGAGGACGCCGAAGAAGGGGAGAGUGGUGACUGGUCACCAUCCACGGUUACGGUCAUCCCACCACCGAAUAACGGGAUACCCAUGGACGUUGACUCUACAUCAAGCGAGGAGCCUAGGCCUGAUCCUACUCGCACACAGACUCCUGACGUCCCGAAAGAGGCAGUCACAGCCCCCGACGAUGAUGCGGAAAGCGAGGACGGCGAAAGUCUUUGGAAACGCUUCGAGGUACUGCCUGCCGCACCAGUGGACCACGCGUACUACAAUACCACGCCCGCACAGCCGUCGCGAAACUUCAUGGCGCGCCUCACGAAAGAGUACAAGGCACUCCAGAGUAGUCUGCCAGAUUCGAUCCUCGUGCGCGCAUACGAGGACCGGUCGGACCUCCUGCGGUCGCUGAUCAUCGGCCCCGAAAACACACCCUACGAGAACGCGCCGUUCGUCAUUGACUGGAUGCUCGACUCAAACUUCCCACAGACGCCACCCGUCGCGCACUUCCUCAGCUGGACGAAUGGGAACGGGAGAGUGAACCCGAACCUGUACGAGGAAGGGAAGGUCUGCCUGUCGAUCCUCGGGACGUGGGCGGGAGACAAAAGCGAGUCGUGGAGCGCGGCGCGGUCGUCGCUGCUGCAGGCGUUCGUGUCCAUUCAGGGGCUGGUGCUUGUGAAGGAGCCGUGGUUCUGCGAGCCAGCGUACGAGAAACUUCGGGGAACCGAGGACGGCAUUGUGAACAGCCGACUAUACAGCGAGAAGGCGUACGUCCUCUCGCGCGGGUUCGUCCGUCGCGCACUCGAGGUCCCGCUGGGCAGCCUGGAAGAGGAGCUGCGAUGGUUCUACUACACGAACGGGAAGCUGACGAAGGUGUUGGAGGAUGCGCGGGCUCUGAUCAAGAAGAGCCAGGAAGGCAAGGAAGAGCCUACGGAGGCGGACCGGGAGUUGGCGGUGCCCAGGUUAUCUGGUGGCGGGAUCAUCACGCUCGAACGGACACUGGUCAAGCUGCAGGCUCUGCUGGACGCUCACUCGGCGGGCGUGCCGUCGGAGAAGCCGCAGGCGUGA